CUCAGUGUUCACUAAAAGAUUAUUCUGUCUCUGUUUCCAGGAGAAGAUCUCUGAGCUGUGUGCAGAGAAGGAGGCUCUGAGUGAGAAGCUGAGAGCAGAGGAGGAGCGCAGGAAGCAGAUCCUCACAGACAAGAACCUGAAGAACUCCCACACCGUGUACCUGGAGCAGGAGCUGGACAGUCUUAAGGUCGUACUGGAGCUCAAGAACAACCAGCUGCACCUGAAGGAGAAGAAGCUCAUGGACAUGGACAAACUGACGAUAAAGAAGGAAGGAGAAGAGAACCUGACCCACACAACAUACUCCAUCUCCUUUGUCUGUCGUAAUUCGGAGUCAGUCACUCGGGAUUCCCCUAAAGAUGAUUGUGUGGGUGUGAAUGACCUCAAGUCGAACGGGUCAGAUCCCUCCCCUGAGGCUAUGGACACACCCUCAAAUGUCGUCAAACAUGUCGUGCUGCCACCCAUCCGGAAGCUGUCCCGGCCCGCUGCAAGGCGCUGGUCCGCCUCCAGCACGACCCAGGUCCUGCAGACUCCCCGGGGUUCCGGGUGCGCCUCCUCGGCCUGCAAACGCCGCUCCAAUGGCUCGCUCAUCUCCUGCUGCUUAUCUCUCGUCUCCUGCCGCUUGCCUCUCGUCUCCUGCUGCUUGUCUCUCUUCUCCUGCUGCUUCAGCAGCCGUGGCCCCCUGAAUCAGCUCUCUGUCUCCCCCUGCAGGCAGCUCUCCAGCGAACAGGCCAAACUCCAGCAGACGCUGCAGAAGGAGUCCAAGGUCAACAAGCGUCUGUCCAUGGAGAACGAGGAGCUGCUCUGGAAGCUGCACAAUGGAGACCUGCUGGCCAGCCCCCGCCACCUCUCCCCCACCUCACCCUUCGGCUCACCUCGGAACUCUGCCUCCUUCCCCACAGCUGCACCCUUAUCGCCCAGAUAACCCCGACAACAAGCCUCC